CACGCCGAGGUGAAAGUACGAGCUGCCAUUUUUUGGAUAAGUAUUCAGGUCGCAGCGGGCCACAUCUCACGGUUCUGGGGAUAGUUUUGGCGGAGAUAGACCGAAGCAUGGCGUCCUUCUCAGAGUCUGCGCUGGAGAAGAAGCUGUCGGAGCUGAGCAGUUCGCAGCAGAGUGUCCAAACUUUGUCCCUGUGGAUCAUACACCACCGCAAACACUCAGCCCUCAUCGUCAAAGUGUGGCACCGGGAGCUCAAGAAAGCUAAGUCCAGUCGAAAAUUAACAUUUCUCUAUUUGGCGAAUGACGUCAUCCAGAACAGCAAAAAGAAAGGCCCAGAAUUCACCAAAGAUUUUGAGUCUGUGCUGGUUGAUGCCUGCUCCCAUGUCGCCAGUCAGGGGGACGAUGGCUGUAAAAAGCACCUGGAGAGACUUCUGAACAUCUGGAAGGAGAGAAACCUGUACAGACCAGACUUUAUACAGCAGCUCAAACUGGCCAUAGAAGACUCCAACAGCCCCAAGCCCAUAGAGGAGAAGAAGCCAGUGAAACGGGCCUAUCAGAAGAUCCAGGAGGAAGAGGAGGAUGAAGAUGAUGACUACAGAAGCCACCUGUCUCCCCGAAACACAGAUGCCACAGCAGCUCAACUCACAGAGGAGCUGGUGAAGGCUCUGCAGGACCUGGAGAACGCAGCCUCUGGAGAUGCUGCUGUGCGUCAGAAGAUCGCCUCUCUGCCUCAGGAGGUCCAGGAUGUGUCUUUGCUCGAGAAGAUCACCGAUAAGGAGGCCGCAGAUCACCUGUCUAAAACAGUAGAUGAAGCCUGUCUGCUCCUGGCUGAGUAUAACGGGCGUCUGGCUGCAGAGCUGGAGGACCGCAGGCAAUUGGCCCGAAUGCUCACAGAGUACAUUCACAGCCAGAAGGAGGCGCUGUCUGAACGUGAGAAGAAGCUUGAGGAGUACAAACAGAAGCUAGCACGGGUGACCCAGGUUCGAAAGGAGCUCAAGUCCCACAUCCAGAGCCUGCCCGACCUCUCCCUGCUGCCCAAUGUGACCGGGGGGCUGGCUCCUCUACCCUCCGCAGGGGACCUCUUCUCCACCGACUGAGGAGCAAGAGCCACCAACCUCCAGAACGCAACAAAAACUACUGCUCUAGUCUUCUUCUACAGAGACCCAACCUCUACUGGACUCACAUAUGCCCCCUUGUGGUCAGAGCCUGCACACAAGAAGGAAAGUGACAGAGACUUUUGUAGCCUGGCUUAUUCCUCUCACCCAGUGGUCAAGGAUUCACUCCACCAGCUCCGGAGAGAACAGUCCAGAAUGAUUUUAUGUAGUUUUAAAUAUGGAAGCUAGGAAUGGAAGGUAGGGAGUAGAUGGAUUAGGAUUACGACGAAAAAUAUAUGGAGCGUGUGUCAUAAACAGAGGGUUAAGUUACACUGUGAAUACGAUUGAUUUUUGAGAUUUCAGUCUUCAGCUGUUUGUGUUGAGUAAGAGUGAGUAGAAAUUGAUAACGUGAUAAUGGCCACUAUGGAAAUACCUGCCAAUUAAUACUUUGCUGUGACCUCAGGCUGGGGGUGUUUUACAUGUAUCUCUUUUGACGGAAUGUUCAGCAGUUACCAUGGUGAUAAAAUGGACAUAUUAGCAAACACAGAUACAAAAGAUUUCAAGAUUGUCUGAGCAGCACAAAAUCAGCUCACCUGUUCCAACCAAGCCAACUCUGCGUGGUCAGAUUGUGUUAAAAUAAAGCUCAGAUUAAGUCAAACUUGAGUAACAGCUUUUAACAGAGUAGUGCUUUCAGUUAGCAUCACACUCCCAGGGAAUGGUGAUGAUGUCAGUUGCAAAGUAUCAAUAUUGCUGGGUUUCAGAUCACAUCACAAUGUUCUAUAAGCCAAUAAUAUUGAAUACAGAUGGGGCAGCUAAAAUAAUUAUUGUUAAAAUGCAGAAUUGAGUUGUGUUACACUGAGUUCUUGGGUCUAGUCACCAAUUGAAAUGAUCCUAUUCAACAUUUGUGCAUUUAUUGUUGGUUGUUUCAUGGAAAAGUGCAAUCAAAAAGUACAAACAAUAAGAAAAACAGGCCCCUGCUCCCAUCUGAGAGUAUGACAUCAUCACACUCUAGAGUUUGAAAAACACAGACGGAGGUAAUGCAGACAACAUCUCAAUGUUCAGGUUUUUUUGGGAGUCUCUCCUUAAAUAUCAUGUUUCUCAGUCUGUGUUGGGCAAGUUGAAGUCCUUUAUCUCCCCUAAGCUAACAAGCGUAGCUAAACUUAGCAUAGUAAAUACAGCAGAUAAACUACUUUCAGUUUCCAUUUUGCCAUAUAAAGAUAAUUUGACCUAAACAAAAAACCCCAGCUCCAUGGACGAAAAUUUGGCCGAAAAAAAGGAAAAGGCAUGUUGUCUGUUGCGCAAAUAAAACCAUCAGUGCAUAACCUCUUGUAAUCAUUUUGUGCAUUUUAAAGGUGCACUGUGUAACUUCUGUGUAAAGGUAUGCCAUCUGCUUGACUCCUUGGAGAUUUUGUUUUACCUAGAAAGUUACACAGUAUGGCAUUAAACUUGCCCAUCCGCACAAAGGAGAUAGAUGAUAUGUUGGUCCCAGUAUUAGUAUCAGCUAAUACAUAUUUUUAUUUGUUUUUUUCUAAUAUCAUAUCGGAUGAUGAUUUUCCACCAAUGUCGUACUGUGAAACAUUCCAAGCAACGCAUUUCUGUUGUGUCAUGCAGGUCGCUGAACCACUGCCAGAAAAGUAACAUAGUGCGCCUUUAAAUAUAAUAAAGUAAACUCCAAAAAAGACCCAAAUUCUUUAAAAUAUAUAUAUUUUGUGUUGGACAAAAAUGUCACUAAAAUAUUUAGAGUGAAAUCACAAUUACAGAGACGAUUGUGGGGAAUAGUUGGUUUAAACAUAAGAGUUUCCUUUUUUAUUUUAUUUAAUUGUGGUUACUACAUUUUAAAUGGACAGAAGUUGUAUGUUCUUGACAUGUUUUAAGUUGUCAGCCAUUAUUACGUUGUGCAUCAUGUGCAUUUGUGGUUUUGGUUUUCAUUCUAAACUUUGCUAAAAAAAAUAGACUAUCUAAAGAGACAUUUAGUUGUGAUUUCAUGUGUUUUUAUUGGGCACAUGUCAAAAAUUUACAAAAUAAAACAUUUUCUGGCCUGCAACAACUAUUCAGAUUAAACUAAUAUUUGUCAGCCUUCAGUUACUGUUGUGAUGAAUCACUGUCAAAUCAUUACAAAUUAUAAGAAAAUUGGAUUUUUGUCACCAACAAAAAUAUGGGAUUUUUUGCUGAACAAAUUUCCAUGUAGUUUGGACCUUAAACACAUGGUGUAACUUUUUUGGACAAAAAAUAGACUUAAAAAAAGGACAAAUUUCUUUUCAUUUUGGCUGUGUUUUUAUUGCAUUGAAAAUUGUAGAAAAACACGUGUCCUUAAAGUGAGCAUGCUCUAUCUCCAUAACCUUAUUUGGUCCGGGGAAGAUCUUCACCUGCUCGUUUCCAUGGAAGUGUUCUUACACAAUGUAGCAUAAAGCUUCAAUUUCCAUGGAGAAUGUUCCAAAGUAUAGUUUUAAGUUACUGUACCUUUAGAGAAACUGUCCAAAUAAUUGUUGCAGUUUUGGAAAUGUUCAUAAGAUCAACAUUUUCAGAAUACAGACUUGUAUACAGAUACUGUAUUAUUUUGGAUCAAGGAUAAAGGUACAUGUCUGUCCUUAAAGUGGCUUACUGUUGGCACUAAAGUACAGAUGUCGCUCAUGUGUGUUAUGAUAUGAUAUGAUAUAUUUUAAACCAGAUGCCCUCCAUGCAGGUCAGCAGGUCCCUUCUGUUUUAUUUUUGAAAUCCAAUUACUAUUCACUCAUUGCAUUUUUUUUACCAGCCAAGAAUGACUGAAAAACUGUAUGCGACUUGGUUCUGACUUGUGCAAAUUAUGUUGUGCUACUACCUACAUCCAGUUAUGUAAAAAAAAAAAAAAAAAAAGUUUUGAAAGCGCAUUGAAAAUGUCUUGAAAAGAACAAUUUGUUUAAAAUCUGAAGUUUUAUGGUGUGAAAUGCAUCAAUAAAACCAAGCCCGAUAUUAACCUGAGUUUUGAUGGAGAAUUCCUGUUUUUACCCAUUUAAAUGCUUUUACACUGUGGGAAUGGUGCUGUUUACAAAAUUGUUUCCCUAUGUUUCUGUUAUGAAUAAACAUAAAAAUAUGUCUCCUG